AUGGCCGAAAAUGGCGCCAUCGAUACAAACUCUAAGCAUGAAAAGUCGGCUGAAGAAAUGCUAUCGGAUUGGAUUCAGUGCAUUUGCGUCGUCACUUUUGACCUGGAGUUUGGUCAGGCGAUGGAGUUGGUCUACCCAAACAAUGUCAAAUUGUCUGAGGAAGACAAAACAAACCUCUGUUACUUGGCUUUUCCCGACUCCAAUUCUGGCUGCAUGGGAGACACUCAGUUUCACGUCAAGAUAAAAUGUUCUCAACCUUUGAAUCUCAGUCAAUGCCAUAUAAACUAUAACACAAAAUGUCCAGUUUUCUUACAAGCUGAUCAUCGUUGUUUGUAUGGGUUUGUUUUCUUUCGACAAAUCAAAGAUCUGUCUCUUCCACGGGGUUAUUUUCAAAAAAGUGUAAUUAUUCUAUCUCAGUUGCCAUUCAUUAGUUUAUUUACUGAAGUUUGCGGGACAAUAGCACCUGAGUAUUUUAAACACGGGAUUACUGGAAUAGAAGUAGCAUGGCAUGAUAUCAAACAGUGGCCUGAUUUAUAUGCUGGAGAAACAGUGAGCUUGCCAUUACUAGGAAUUGUUCUUCAAGCUCAACUGAUAUGUGAUAAUAAUAAAAUCUGCAGCUCAUCAAACUCAAUGGUACCUGAUUACCAGCUACCAGUGGUUGUAUCAUCAUUGUACGAACUAAAUACAUUUGGAUGUUUUUCAUCGAUUGUAUCUCAAAUGCAUCUUUUAUGGGAAUUAGUGUUAACGACUGAACCCAUUGUUGUGAUGGCCUCAUCACCUACCUACAGCUCACAGGUUGUUCAAGCUUUGGUUAGCUUAAUAGUGCCAUUAGCUUAUUACGGAGAUUAUCGUCCGUAUUUUACAAUACAUGAUAAUGAGUUUAAGGAGUAUAUGAGUAAAACAUUGAAUCCGCCACCUAUAAUACUUGGUGUAACAAAUCCUUAUUUCACAAAAACAUUACAACAUUGGCCACAUAUUGUUAGAGUAACUGAUACAUCGAAAAAAGAUACCAUAAAUAAAAGUAAACUAAAAAAAGGAUCAAAUCUGAAAAUCUUAGAUGCUAAGCCCGGAGUUUAUACUGAGUAUAAACCUUAUUUGUAUAAAGACAAAUCAAUAGUGAAAAAACUUCUCAGAGGAAUGCAAAACAAGCGUCCAGAAGAAGUGCAAUCAGCUCUAUUAAGACGACACUUUUUAGAACUUACUCAGAGUUUUAUGAUACCACUUGAACGAUACAUGUCAUCAUUGAUGCCUUUACAAAGGAAUAUUUCUCCUUUUAAGGCGGCUCCUAAACCCUGGCCUUUUAAUCCUGACAACUUUUUGGCUAGUUUAGAAUAUGCUGGGCCUCAACUGACAUGUGGUAUUAAAGGAGACUGGAAGGGACUUUACAAGCAAUUUUUUAGAUCUCCAAAUUUCAAUGGUUGGUACAAUGUUCGUUAUAAAGGAAUGAUGAUGAAGCUUCAAAUUUUGCAAAUUGAAGCCCUAUCUAGUGUGGAUAUCAAUAAUUGGCUUGAAGGAAAACAAGAAGUAGAAAUUGUUGACAUGAUACUAAAAAUACGCCAGAAACUGGAUGAAUGUGAAAGCAAAGGGUAUCAGAUAAAUAAAAGAAUCAAAGAUCAAUUAAAAGUGAAAAUGGAUGAUAUAAUUUCUUCGUUGCCUGAUGACUUAAAAAAUGUCUUGUUAAAUAAAAAGCUAUCUAACAGAUGA